GGCGGGGCGCGGGCAGGGGGCACGGGAGACGGCGGCUGAGCCGCGGCGGGAGAGCAGUAAGAAGCGUCGGGGAGCGCAGGCCCAGCAGCCAUGGCGGUGGAAGGAGGAAUGAAGUGUGUCAAGUUUUUGCUCUACGUUCUUCUGCUGGCCUUCUGCGCCUGUGCAGUGGGAUUGAUUGCCAUUGGUGUAGCAGUUCAGGUUGUCUUGAAGCAGGCCAUUACCCAUGAGACUUCUGCUGGCUCGCUGUUGCCUGUGGUCAUGAUUGCAGUGGGUGCCUUCCUUUUCCUGGUGGCCUUUGUGGGCUGCUGUGGGGCCUGCAAGGAGAACUACUGUCUCAUGAUUACCUUUGCCAUCUUCCUGUCUCUUAUCUUGCUUGUGGAAGUGGCUGUGGCCAUUGCUGGCUAUGUGUUUAGAGACCAGGUGAAGUCAGAGUUUAAUAAGAGCUUCCAGCAGCAGAUGCAGAACUACCUUACAGACAACGAAACAGCCACUAUUUUGGACAAAUUGCAGAAAGACAAUAAGUGCUGUGGAGCUUCUAACUACACAGACUGGGAGCACAUCCCUGGGAUGGGCAAGGACAGAGUCCCUGAUUCUUGCUGCCUCAACAUUACUGUGGGCUGUGGAAACGGUUUCAAGGAAUCCACCAUCCAUACCCAGGGCUGCGUGGAGACUAUAUCGAUAUCGCUGAGGAAGAAUAUACUGCUGGUGGCUGCAGCAGCCCUGGGCAUUGCUUUUGUGGAGGUCUUGGGAAUUAUUUUCUCCUGCUGUCUGGUGAAGAGUAUCCGAAGUGGCUAUGAAGUAAUGUAGCGGGGGUGGUCUGGUCUCUUCUUUUCAUGGAGUGCAUUCUCCAGGUUUUUCAAUUAAACGGAUUAUUUUUUCAGACC